CUCACAAAAUCUUUCGACUUCGUCUGUACGUGCAUCCUCACCUGCCCACAGCACCUCUUCUCACCAAAUUCUUUUGUCUGCGGUACCUGAAAUUCAAGCAAUGGGAUUAGACGAUUGCACGAAAUGCAUUAAAUACGUCCUUUUCUUCUUCAACUUAAUAUUUUGGAUCGCUGGAUGUUUGAUCCUUGGAUUUUCGCUAUGGCUCCGCCAUGACAGCCAGACCAGUAGUCUGCUAGAACUGAAGUACGAUGACAAUAGUUCGCCCAACUCUUUCAGUGUUGUUGUGUACAUCUUGAUCGGUGUGGGUGCUGUGAUGAUGUUUGUUGGAUUCCUUGGUUGCUAUGGUGCAAUCCAGGAGUCUCAGUGUCUUCUUGGAACGUUCUUUGCCUGCUUGGUGAUUCUGUUUGCCUGUGAAGUUGCCGCUGGGAUCUGGGGAUUCAUGAAUAGGGAAAAGAUGGCCAAGGAUAUGAAAGGCAUGUACGAUAGUGUGUAUGAACAAAGUAUAGCCCAAACUAUUAUUAGCGCUGAAAAGCAAAACAAAGCGGCAUCUGUAAUCAAGCUUGUCCAUGAAACGCUGAACUGCUGUGGCCAGAGUGUAACUUCUGGGAUCAUAACAGGCGUGGGAACGAAUCUCUGUCCAGAAAAGAAGAGUAUCUUGGAAGUUCAAACGAGCUGUCAUACAAGAAUCGAUGAGUUUCUCAAUGAGAGGGUCUACUUGAUUGGCAUUGCUGCACUUGUUGUUGCAGUUAUCAUGAUCUUUGAGAUGAUCUUCAGUAUGGUGCUGUGCUGUGGGAUUCGCAAUAGCCCUGUCUAUUAAAGAUGGAAGGGCGGGGCUGUGAGGCCGAGGCCUCUGGAAGAAGCAGCCCAUCAACUGAAGGAAAAAUUUGUUCUUUAUUGGUUUCUUUUUUGUAUUUACCACCACUUCUUUAUGUAGUCCCUUGUCCAGUUUAUCGGACCUUAGGUGAGAAAUAUAAAAUUACUCUACAGUGUUUUUGUUUAAAGUAAGAUUCUUGGCUAUCCUGGCCUGUUAUUUGAUAUGCUGCAUACUGCAUUCAUGAAGGUGGCCUGUGGACACAGUUACGGGCUUGAUGAGAACGUGUAUUAGAUAAUCUUACAUUCUCGUUUAAAUACAUGCACUUACAUAUGCAGACAGACAGACACACACACACACACACUCACACAUACACACACAAGCAUACCUAUUCUAGUUUUCAUGUGUUAAGAGUUAGAUGUUGCUAUUGCUGUUUCUAUAAAUCCUCUCAUAUGUACAUGUUUAAACUGUAUAUAUUUGCAGUGUUGUAUGAAUCUCUAGCAUGGAUAUUGUAUUCAACACAUCUGUCCACCCUGACACCUAGUCUGUCAGAGGAACAUCACUAAGCAAACCAUGUUUAAGACGGUCACAAAAGUAAAUUCUAGCGCAUUCAAGAAAAAAAAAAAAAAAAAGGCAGGAGAAAGUUUAGCUGGAAUAAUCUACACAGAGUAAAAGAGAUAAUGGUUUGAUUAUAGAUAUCUAAUGAAGCCUUCUAACACUAAUAGAUUGCAACAGCAUUUUCCUGCAUGCUUGCCACAAACCUUUGAAAAAACAAAAACAAACCUUUUUACCUUUGCGAACAUUUCUCUUUUUAAAGGACUGUUUUUAUCAUGUCUUGUAUGCUGUAUUCUAAUAUUCUAUCCUUCUUUUCUUAAACCAAUUCAAGCCAUACAGAGAACUCAUUUGUAUUCUGCUUUGGAUCUGAAUGCCGUAGUAUGAGUUAUCAGUCAGGGUCUGAGCUUAAAGAAAGACUGAGGUUGCAGGGAAGUUCAUUAACCUUUAUUCUGCCAUUCCCUCCUGCCAGAACAUGCAACAGUAUUACUGUAGUCCACUACAUGUCAUUAAAGAGAAAGAGCAGGGAUGUACAGCCUUGUCCUUGGAGGGCCAGUGUGUCUGCAGGUCUUCACUCAAUGUUUACGCAGAGUCUUUGGAAGAAAAUGACUUUUGUCAGUCCUUUUAGCAUUCAGCAAGCUGAGAAGACAGUGAACAUACACUAGCCCUCUAUAUACACCUGUGCCGUGUACUUAUUGUUUAGGAGAUACCAUGCCAACAGUAAGCCAUUUUUACAUUUCUGUACACACGCACACACACACACUCACACACACAUAUAUAUACAGUCUCUUUCGCUAUAUAUACUUUCAUGCAGUCUGCAACCUUGUCUUGUUAACACAUAAUGCCUAUGCUGAUAUGCAAAAAAAGUAUCUUGUAAUGUGUACAGCUAUAUAUUAUUGUACUAAUGACAAUGUAAAGACUUUUAUUGUGAUAUCCUUUCUGGUACUUUUGUGGUCACAGGAAAAAAAAAAACAUGGGCAGAGAUUUGGGUGAAAGUAUUAGAGAUCAGAAUUUGAGAUACAGGCAGACUGUGGAAAAGAUCAAAGAUCAGAUAGAAACCGAGCAGACGUGAAUGUUCUGAAAAUAUCUUGAGGUGAAGUUUACGUCAGUUGCACUGUGUAUGUUUGAGGUUUUGAAUUUGGAUUUUGAGAAGUGUAGUCAACAUUCUGGUGACCCUGUGAUAGUCAUGAUCUCCUGAAGGCAUUAGAUGGAAGCCACUAUGCUAGCAGUUGCUCAGAUUUCUGUCCUUGUUCUAUAGCUAAAGAUCUUGGUUUUGUUGCCCAAAAAUAUUUAGGAAUUAAAUGUAUUUUACAAAUAA